UCUAUGUUUGUAGCUGCAGUUUUACGUCUACCGUCAAGGACAGCGCGACGCGUCUCUGUACGAGCAACGCUCGAGGUUUCUUGCAAGGACCGCGCGUGGCCGGUUGUUUCCGAAAUGCCUAAUCUUGUCUCGGCCCAGCUGGACGCACAAGAAGUCGUCGAGGACGCGGUGACAUCAAGGAAGGAACAGCUGCACGCCGUGGGCCGCUUCCUAUGGGAGAACCCGGAGACCCGUUUCGAGGAGCACAAGGCGCACAACAUGCUUUGCGCCUUCCUAGAAAAAGAAGGUUUCGACGUAAAGCGACACUACGUUCUGCAAACUGCUUUCCGCGCCGAGUACGGAGUCGGUUCAUCUCCGGUCGUGGCUCUGCUUUGUGAGUACGACGCUCUGCCGGGCCUCGGUCACGCCUGUGGACACAACUUGAUCGCCGAGAGCGCCAUCGCCGCUGCUGUGGCCAUGCGCGACCUGAUGAUGAGACAGGAGCAGCUGUGCGGAACACCUGUACAAGGCAGGGUGGUGGUGCUGGGCACACCUGCCGAAGAGGGUGGUAUGGGCAAAGAACUGCUGUUGCGAGCCGGUGCCCUGGAUGGCAUUGACGCGGCUCUGAUGGCGCAUCCGGAAACAAGAAGCGCUCUGCGGGUCGUCCUCUCUGCGCGAUGCGGGGUCACCGUAGUCUUCGAGAGCGCUUCAGAAAAGGAGGGGGUGCAGUCAAGUGCUUUGGACGCCGCCGUGCUCGCCUACUCAGGCGUAUCUCUAUUGCGGGCUCGCCUGGACCCUGAGUGCAAAAUGCAUGGCGUUAUGCUACGCUCUGAGGCGACACCAAAGCUGGAGGUUCGUCGCAGCCAGCUGCACUUCUGCGUGAGGGCGCCGAGCAGCGAGAGGCUUCUCAAAGUGCGUCGUGAGCUGGAGGCCUGCAUGGAAGCAUCCGCUAAGGCCACUGGCUGUGAAAUACACAUCACUGAAAAGGAAAUCUUCUGCAAGCACAUGAACCUCAAUGAACCCAUGCUGAGACUCUUCCAGAAGCAUGCGGAGGCGCAAGGAAUGGUCUUCGAGGACGCGCGUGACUGCCGAUCGGUGUUGUCUGGCGCAACGUCGGACAUUGGCAAUGUGUCCCACGUGAUACCCACCAUCCACCCCGGCUACCGCAUCGAGUCGACCGCCACUAACCACACGGCCGAGUAUUGCCGCGCGGCUGGCACCAGGGAGUCGCAAGAAACAGCCCUGGAGGUGGGCAAGGCACUGGCGCUCACGACCUUCGACCUCCUUCGCGACCAGCGACUCCUGGACUCGGCCAGGGAGGAUUUCGAACGCCGCUGCGAGAAGAUCUCUGUGUGAAUGCCGCAUCACACGCAUGCACGACGCAUGCGCGGGCCUGUUUGCCUGAUGCCUGUGCCCCACUUAGUUGUAAGAGGCCUGUGGCACAGGGCGAAUAAGCCGAUCGAACAACGUCGGAAAGAUCAAGGAAAGAACGAACUACAAUUGUUGCCAUUCAUCGCCCUGCCUUCGUUCUGCGUUACUUCCCCAUGCUUACUCCUUCCGACUCACUUAGGCCAGCGAAUACCAUUUUGUUCUGGAUUCAAGGUGGCGACAUUAAAUUAUUCACGCACACUU